AUACAGCUACAAUGAGCGAAGAACUCAGCCAACGUCGCAUGCAAACAACGGGGGGAAAGGGAGGUGCGUAGGACAACAACGGACGAGCAGAGUGGGUGCUCUGCACGAUAUCAACGAGGACCGAGAACAAUUCAAAGCUCGUGCACGAAAGUAUUGGAAUAUUGGCGGUCUAUCGAAUCUGCAUAGCACCAGCGCAUGCAGGACCUGAGUGAGGGAUGCAGAAGCAGGCAAAAGCCGAGAGUGGCCGGGAUACCUCCACGGCGCUUGGCAUGCACACAGCGAGAGAUGCUCGUAUCGCUCAUGCACAGUGUGGAGCUAGGGCGUUCGAGAACGAUGUUACACAACUCAACGUAGAAGGAGACAACGUCGGGGGUCUGGUAGCUGCAGCCGCGCGUGGAUCAUCUAUUUCAGUGCACGACUGCCCAUGCGGCAUCUUUCAGAAGUGCUGCCGAUGGAUCGCGGCGGUAACAUCGCUUCGCAGAAAUACGAUGCCGCCUCUUGCCCCACCUGCCGGCCACUCCGCCGCCAACAGAUGCUGGGUGGCUUACCGAUGCCUGGCAGGAAACCCAUCCGCGAUCUCAUCUACCCUCCACAUGGCACACAAUAUCGAUCAAGCCACACGGCGUCAGGUUCCUGUUGAUCUCGGUGCUCGUAGGGUAAUACAGCGCGAUUACGAGCAUGUUAUUUUCUAGCGGGCGCCACAUUAUCCACGUUCCCAGCCUUGUUGCAACCACCAACAAUCAGAACGCGAGAUAGAGGAUGUACGUCGUCAUUGACUUCAGUUCCUCGGAGCUUGAGAAGCUAGCAGCAGAAGUUGCAUUUCCUCGGAGCUAGGAAAGAUCGUAGUAGAGACUUUCAGCUGGCGGCUACCAGCCAUAGGUCGGGAACCAAGUAAAAGUUUAUUCACUAUC